CCUCAUUACUCACUUUCUCUUGACGCCAUGAUCGGCUCAAAGAAACUGAUUGCCAUUGUGAGGAAGUGGCAGAAGAUACCCUGUAUUGGGCGGAGGCCAAUCUUGCUUCCUGGGACGGACCGCGGCGAACGUCCACCGAGCAAGGGCCACUUUGUAGUAUACACUAUGGACGAGAGACGGUUUCUUUUUCCCUUGGCAUAUUUGCGUACCAACAUUUUCCAGGAGCUGUUUAGGUUAUCAGAGGAGGAGUUCGGACUUCCGAGGGACGGACCAAUUACUCUGCCAUGUGACGCAGCAUCAAUGGAGAAAGUAGUGUCCCUGGUUCGAAGACCAGUGCCUAAAAAGCUAUAGAAGGCAUUGCUUGUCAGGAUCAAAUUUUGGUUUAUGACUACUCAGUCAUAAACUCACAAUGUAGAUUUUCCCCCCUUUUUUUUUUCUACAUGAAUUUUUCCUUUUUGUUUGUGAUAGAAAAAAUAAAGAAAAGAAAAAUAU